CUCAAUAGCCCGCAGAGACUCCACGUGGUGAACACUCGUCGAGAACAUCUCGCGACCGUCAGUGCAACAAUCCAGCUACCAUUCGCAUCCUCUCGUUCUCUUAUCGAUCUCCUCCUUCUCCUCCUUCUCUUCGUUCGUUCUUUCGCUCGCGAGUUUCGUUUCCUCGCGAUCGAGGCGAUAACCCAUUGUCUUCUUGCACGUUUCGAAAGGAUUUCCUUUGUCUUUUGUCUUUUGUGUCUGACGAGAGAGACAGAGAGAGAGAGAGAGAGAGAGAGAGAGAGAGGGAGGGAUAGAUAGAUCGUCUUCUUGUGACCGGUGAUCGGUGAUCGAUACACUCGAAAAGGGAAAUGGCAGCCAACUUCCGAUGAGAGAACAAUCGGCUGCUGACGUUCGUUCGUUGUGAAGGACGAGGACCCUGCCCGAGGGUGGUAGAUCGAAGGUGAUCGUUAAAACUGUUGCUUCGUUUGCUUCGCUCUGAACGACGUCACGUCUCGGCGAUAUCGAGAGGAAAAUGGGCAAGGGUUGGAAAGGUGUGAAAGACUUCGUCGGACUGGAGGAGGUGAUGAAGUUCGAGUUUCUGUUGAAGCUGUUCGCCGAGACCCUCGGGACGCUUCUCCUGGUGCUGAUCGGCUGCGCGUCCUGCAUCACGUGGACCGCGGACAAUCCUCCGACGGUGGUGCACAUCGCCUUCACCUUUGGUCUCGCUGUCGCCAGCUUGGUUCACGUAUUGGGCCCGAUCUCAGGGUGCCACGUGAAUCCAGCGGUGUCGCUAGGACUCCUAGUGAGUGGAAACUGCAGUUUCCUGAAGGCGUUGUGCUACAUCGUUUGCCAGUGUUGCGGAGCAAUCGUUGGCUCGGGAAUUUUGAAGCUGUUGAUCCCAACCGAGGCGACGAACAAGGGGCUGGGCGUGACAGAUCUCGGCUCGUGGGUCAACGAGAUCCAAGGUAUCUUCAUGGAGGCGAUCGUUACGUUCCUGCUGCUUUUGGUUGUCCACGCGGUGACCGAUCCGAAGAGGACCGACACGAAAGGAUGGGCGCCCCUGGCAAUCGGUUUGACCAUCACCGUGGCUCACAUGGCUGCGGUGCCGGUUACAGGGAGCAGCAUGAACCCAGCCAGGUCGCUGGGUCCGGCGAUCGUCCAGGGUAAAUGGCACAAUCAGUGGAUUUACUGGGUCGGGCCGAUCCUCGGAGGCUGCGCCGCCGGUGGACUGUACAAAUUGGCGUUCAGACAGAGACAGAAGGACGACGAGGCCUCUUACGACUUUUGAGAAACAGAUCAACGACGAAGAGCCGAAUGUAAAUACCGUAUUCCUUGUGUCGUCGCGGUAAAAAGCAAGGGAAAUGAUUAUGUCGACGUUGAUUAUGUAUUAUAUGCUG